GGUGAAGGACAGCUUUAAGCGGCUCGAAAAUUUCUAUGUUGCUGGCGUGUAAAUAUUGAUGUGAACAUAUACUGUGCGCUAUACAUAGGAUAAAAUAUGUCAAAUAAAAGUGAUAUUUAUGAUGUAAUUGUGAUUGGCGCUGGGAUUGAGGGUUCAUCGACUGCGUACCAACUUGCAAAGAGUGGGAAAAACACCUUACUGUUGGAACAGUUCCCAUUGCCACACAGUAGAGGAAGUUCCCAUGGGCAAUCACGUAUCACCAGGAAGGCGUACGGGCCUCAAGAAUUCUACACAAACAUGAUGGAAGAAUCAUACAGAAUUCAAGAUGAACUUCAAGCUGAGUGUGGAGAACAAUUAUUUGUAAACUGCGGAUGUCUCGUUUUUGGACCUAAAGGUCACCCUUUUGUGGCAGACACCGAGAAAUGUUUAAAACGCCAUGGUGCCCCACACGAAAAAUUUGGUGUAGAUGAACAGCGCAAAAGGUAUCCGAAAUUAUCACUUCCCAGUGAUUACGAACUUGUUCUUGACAAAACCGGUGGGAUGCUUAGAGCUGACAAAAUGUUGCAAGCUUUUCAGAGGCAGUUUCAACGUUACGGUGGUACUUUGCGGGACGGAGAACCAAUGUUAGACUUAUAUCCAGGCGACAUAGUAUCGAUAAAGACUACCAAAGGUGUUCACCGAGCGAAAAGUGUCGUUUUGGCUCUAGGUGCUUGGGCAGCCAAAUUCUUACCACGGAUUGGAGUCAAUGUCCCAUUAGAGCCGUUGAAGAUUACUGUCUGUUACUGGGAGGAGAAAAACGGGAACCAUUAUAGCAUUGAGAAUUUCCCGGUAUUCAUGUCCGAGUCCGGUGAAGGAAAUAACACAAUUUACGGACUUCCAUCUGAAGAGUACCCAGGACUUGUCAAGAUAUGUCUUCACCACGGUCCAAAAAUUGAUCCGGAUAACAGGGACGCCGUAGAUAACGAAUGGGUUUUAGACACGAUAAAGAUGAUUAUAAGGACACAUUUUCCAACCCUGGAAAAAGAACCUAGUGUGGUAGAGACGUGCAUAUAUACGAACACCCCAGACACAGACUUCGUCCUAGAUGUUCACCCGUCUUGGAAAAAUGUGGUAAUUGCUGCAGGAUUCUCAGGUCACGGGUUCAAACUGGCACCAGUGGUUGGAAAAGUCCUUGCACAGUUAGCUACCGGACAACGGCCAUCUUACGAUAUGUCACAUUUCAAGAUAGACAGAUUCUUCAAAAAUAAACUGUGAUUGUAUACGAAGAUAUAAAUAGGACAUUAGACAAAAAUCAUACUUUGCUGAGCUUUCAGCGUAUUAAAGACACAUCUGACAGUUUUCUAUAUGUAUAUAGGCCAAAAAAAAUUCCUACAGACAGAAUUUCUUUAAACUUUGUUUACUGACUGAGAAUCAAGUUUUAAACGGAAAUAUUAUUAUAUCAUUAAGCAUGUAUUUUACAAAUGUCGACACAUUUAUGUAGUUCCAUUGCUCCUACUAUAUUUGUCGUAAAAUGCACAAAUAAAUAUGUCGGUGCGACGUUACCCGCCUCCCCAACCGCACACAAAAAGGUAUAAUAAAAAGAAUGCAGAGA